AUGAUUUCCACAUUGUUCCUUAUAUUCUUGGAUAAUUUACACUAGUGGGGUAUUAACUGGAGAGGGCCACUCUUGGGGAACAUUUAGGACCGCCUAGUCAAAUUCCGAUAUGCUUAUAGAAGCUUUACUUACGAGGCUAUUCGCUUCGGACACGAAAUCCGUCUGUCUCUUCUCUAACUCAUGCGCUCCCGGGCCUCUGUAUCGGGCGGGGUAUAUCCUCUUUUUGUUUUCUGGGUUUACAUAAAAUAUAUGAAUUUCUUUUCACACAAUGUGACAUAAACAUUUAAUUUUCACUCUCAUUCCGUCACCCUUUUUCCCCCUUUCUUUUCUCUGUUGCCAUUCUCUAGGCGCUGUCAAACCCCAUCAUCGCAAAAAUGGCCGCCAACCCUGCUCAGACAGAAGUGAAAAAGAGACCGGACGUAGAUGGAUUUCUUCACCAGAGUGUGCAAGACCUGCUGUCACUCAAGGGCCGUACUGUGGUGAUCACUGGAGGGGCGCGGGGUUUGGGGUUGGCCUUUGGCUUUGCAGUUGCCGAGAGCGGUGGCAAUAUCGCCAUCAUCGAUUUCCUUGAGACGCCGCACGAACACUACUAUAAGCUCGAGAAAGAUUUUGGGGUGAAAGUAAAACUAUACAAGAGCGACGUAACGAAUUACAAAGUCUUGAAGGCUACAUUCGAUCAGAUCAUUCUGGAUUUUGGUCGUAUUGAUGGGUUGGUUACCGCGGCUGGCAUCUGCCCAGAUGAACCUUUCCUUGAGCGCGAUCCUGAGUCUGUUGCGCGGUGCUUCCAUGUGAAUACUCUUGGCACGUACUACUCAGCACAGCUGGCUGCAAUUCAGAUGGAUAAGCAAGAGCCAAAUGAAAGAACCGGUGGCAAGGGUUCGAUUGUUCUAAUUGCGUCAGUUGCCGCAUAUGUUGCUAGUAAGGGCCAGACGACGAGCGACUACUGCUCCAGUAAAGGUGCUGUGGUAGCUCUGGCAAAAGCACUGGGCGUUGAAUUAGCAAGCAAGAAGAUCCGUGUCAACAGCAUCUCUCCCGGAUACAUGGUCACCGAUAUGACCCUUGAUCUGUGCGAUCGGAUGCCGUGGCUUGCAGACAUUAUGAAUAAUGAACCGCCAAUGCGCCGUAUGGGUGAUCGUACCGAUCUCAAAGUCCCAGUUGUCUAUCUUCUGUCAGAUGCCAGUGCAUAUCAUACAUCUGAUGACCUACUUAUCACUGGCGGUAUCCACGCUGGCCGACUGAUGUAAACUGAGAGCGUGUCUGCCUCUCAUUGAAACUUAUAAUAUUCGCAAGAAUAAACGAAAGAAACCAAUACGUCUUGAGUUAGUUUAAAAAUCGAUUUAUGUAUUACAGAUAGUAUACCAAUACCUUGC